GUUAAUGAUUGAGCUAUGUAUUAUGCAGUAGAUUUUUGUACUAAUUUUGAAAUGUGUUUUUUUUGUUUGUUUGUUUGCAGGGAUAUUAAACCAGACAACAUCUUGAUGGAUAUGAAUGGCCAUAUUCGAUUAGCAGAUUUUGGUUCUUGUCUGAAACUGAUGGAAGAUGGAACGGUUCAAUCUUCAGUAGCUGUUGGGACGCCAGACUACAUCUCUCCAGAAAUUUUGCAGGCCAUGGAAGAUGGAAAAGGGAAGUAUGGGCCUGAGUGUGACUGGUGGUCCCUAGGCGUUUGCAUGUAUGAAAUGCUUUAUGGAGAAACACCCUUUUAUGCUGAGUCCUUGGUGGAGACCUAUGGGAAAAUAAUGAACCACAAAGAGAGGUUCCAGUUUCCUGCUCAAGUGACAGAUGUCUCUGAAAGUGCAAAGGACCUCAUCCGAAGGCUAAUUUGUAGCAGAGAGCAUCGACUUGGACAGAAUGGGAUAGAAGACUUUAAGAACCAUCCAUUUUUUGCUGGGAUUGACUGGGACAACAUUAGAAACUGUGAUGCACCUUACAUCCCAGAAGUCAGCAGCCCCACUGAUACAUCAAAUUUUGAUGUGGAUGAUGAUUGCUUAAAAAAUUCUGAGACGAUGCCUCCACCAUCACACACUGCGUUUUCUGGCCAUCAUUUACCAUUUGUAGGUUUCACAUAUACAAGUAGCUGUGUGCUUUCAGACCGCAGCUGUCUAAGACUGACAGCUGGACCACCCUCCAUGGAUCUUGAUGCCAACAUUCAAAGAACUUUGGAGGACAGUUUAGCAACAGAAGCUUAUGAGAGGAGAAUAAGACGUCUAGAGCAGGAAAAGCUUGAACUUAGUAGAAAACUGCAAGAGUCCACUCAGACAGUCCAGGCUCUUCAGUAUUCAACAGUGGAUGGCCCAAUUGCAGCAAGCAAAGAUUUAGAAAUUAAAAGCUUAAAAGAAGAAAUUGAAAAGUUGAAGAAACAGGUAACAGAUUCUGGUCAUCUGGAACAGCAACUUGAAGAGGCCAGCACUGCUAGGCGGGAGUUGGACGAUGCUUCCAGACAAAUAAAGGCUUUUGAGAAACAGGUUAGAACGCUGAAGCAAGAGAGGGAAGAUCUUAAUAAGGAACUGGCAGAGUCUAGUGACAGAUUAAAAUCUCAAGCCAAAGAGCUGAAAGAUGCACACAGCCAGCGGAAAUUGGCAAUGCAGGAGUUCUCAGAGAUGAACGAGCGGCUGACAGACUUGCACUCUCAAAAACAAAAGCUUGCCCGCCAGCUCCGAGAUAAGGAAGAAGAAAUGGAAGUGGUGAUGCAAAAAGUGGAAAGUUUAAGGCAAGAGUUACGCAGAACAGAGAGACUUAAAAAAGAACUGGAAGUCCAAGCUGAAGCUGCGGCUGCUGAAGCAUCCAAAGACAGGAAAUUGCGAGAGCGAAGUGAGCAGUACUCUAAGCAGCUGGAAAGCGAAGUGGAAGGGCUAAAGCAAAAACAGAUUGGUCGCUCUCCCGGGGUAAGCAGUAUAGAACACCAGCAAGAGAUCACUAAAUUAAAGGCAGACUUGGAAAAGAAAAGUGUUUUCUAUGAAGAGGAACUAUCUAAACGUGAAAUAAUGCAUGCUAAUGAAAUAAAAAGUCUGAAGAAGGAACUACGGGAUGCAGAGAGCCAGCAGCUUGCACUUAAGAAGGAGAUCAUGAUUUUGAAAGACAAGUUAGAGAAAACCAGAAGAGAAAAUCAAAGUGAAAGAGAGGAAUUUGAAACAGAGUUCAAACAGAAGUAUGAACGAGAAAAGAUUCUGCUAACAGAGGAAAACAAGAAACUUUCAAAUGAACUUGAUAAGCUCACCACCAUGUUUGAGAGGCUGAGUAUGAAUAACCGGCAGCUGGAAGAAGAAAUGAGAGACCUAGCUGAUAAAAAGGAGUCUGUGGCCCACUGGGAGGCCCAAAUUACUGAGAUCAUCCAAUGGGUAAGUGAUGAAAAAGAUGCUCGAGGUUAUCUUCAAGCCUUGGCCUCUAAAAUGACAGAAGAACUAGAGGCCCUGAGGAACUCCAGCUUGGGUGCAAGAGCUACAGAUAUGCCCUGGAAGAUGCGCCGUUUUGCAAAGCUAGAUAUGUCUGCAAGGUUGGAACUACAGUCAGCUCUCGAUGCUGAAAUCCGAGCCAAACAGGCUAUUCAAGAUGAGUUGAAUAAAGUCAAAGCUUCCUGUAUCUCUACAGAGUGUAAAUUGCAAGAAUCUGAGAAGAAGAACUUGGAACUGUUGUCAGAUAUUGAAAGGCUGAAGAAGGAGACAGAAGAACUUAGAUCAGAAAAGGGUAUGGCAACUGAUAUCCAACUAAAUAAGAUCAUAUUUCACAUUUGUGGGUACAUCUUAUCAAUUAAGUGUCGUCUUGUCUCUAAAAUAUGAUACCAAGAAACUUUG